UAGUUUUGGAGCCAGACUCCAUUUUCUCCGCAGGAGUAGCGUCAGUCUCCUCCCGUUUCCUCUUCCGUCGCCGGGAGGCUGCGCAAACUACGGAGCCAUAUCGUCGGCCAAUUCAUGACGCCAACCGCCACCGCCGGCGCCGAGUGCGAUUUCGCCUGGCCACGGCCGAAAUCCGGUAGGAACCGCGGCGUUUUUUUAGCAAGUUCAGGCGUGUAUUCCUUCCCAAAUCCCAAACCAAGAUUGGAAUUUCAGCCACGCCACCCAAAUCCGAUAAACGGAGGCGCCGCCAACUGGCUCGUCGGCGUCACGACCCGACGCGCACCACGUCCACAGCCCCACCACCGGCGCGCCGCUGCGGCUAUAAAAUGCGGCUCCAGUCCCCCACCGGCACCAUCACACUUCGCCCUCUGCUUGCUCCCUCGAUCUCUCUAGCUAGGAGCCUAGCACAGGCACUUGUUCUCGAGGGUGGCGAUGGCUCACCGGUGGGUCUGUGGACUCCUCUCGCUCCUGGUGGUGGCCGCGGCCGCUGCGGAGGGGAGUGCGCAGCCGCUGAUUCGGCUGCCGACGCAGGAUGAGCAUGGAGCUGCUCCCGCCCCUGCCCCGUCGGCGGAGGAAGGGGUCACCAGGUGGGCUGUGCUCGUUGCGGGCUCCUCCGGCUAUGACAACUACCGUCACCAGGCCGAUGUGUGCCACGCCUACCAGAUUCUGAAGAAGGGAGGGCUGAAGGAGGAGAACAUCGUGGUGUUUAUGUACGACGACAUCGCCAAUAACCAUGAGAACCCAAGACGUGGAGUCAUCAUCAACCAUCCUAAAGGCAAAGAUGUUUACGCCGGUGUUCCCAAGGACUACACUGGUGACCAGGUCACUACUAACAAUUUCUUCGCGGUCCUCAUGGGCAACAAAACUGGGGUUACUGGAGGAAGUAGGAAAGUGAUAAACAGCAAACCGAAUGAUCACAUCUUCAUCUAUUACGCGGAUCAUGGGGGAGUUGGUUCUCUUGGUAUGCCCAACAAUCCAUUUCUUUAUGCUGGCGACUUCAUUAAGGUGUUACGAGAAAAGCAUGCUUCCAAGAGCUAUUCAAAAAUGAUAAUAUAUGUUGAAGCGUGUGAAAGCGGCAGUAUGUUUGAGGGUAUAAUGCCUCAAGAUCUCAAUAUUUAUGUUACAACAGCAGCAAAUGCAGUCGAAAGUAGCUGGGGAACAUACUGCCCUGGGAUGAAUCCACCACCUCCUCAGGAAUACCUUACCUGUUUAGGUGACGUCUACAGUGUAUCCUGGAUGGAAGACAGUGAAAUUCACAAUCUAAAGAAGGAAGCGAUCAAAGAUCAGUACGAGACGGUUAAAAAGAGAACCUCAAGCUCAAAUAAUAACUUAACUGGUUCUCAUGUCAUGGAGUAUGGUGACAAGACAUUCAAAGACGAGAAGCUUUUCCUUUAUCAAGGCUUUGAUCCUGCAAAUGUCAACAACACAAACAGGCUGCCUUUGCCCAGCCUCGAGGGUGCAAUCAAUCAAAGGGAUGCAGACAUUCUUUUCAUGUGGAAGAAGUAUGAGCAGCUAGACAGGGGAUCGGAAGAGAAGCUGCGGGUUCUGAAGAAGAUCAAAGAAACCGUGGCACACAGGAAGCACCUCGACAACAGUAUCGAUUUCAUUGGGAAGCUUGUGUUUGGAUUUGAAAAUGGGGCUUCAGUGCUUCAGGCUCCUCGAAGCUCCGGCCAACCAGUAGUCGACGACUGGGAUUGUUUGAAGAGGAUGGUGCGCGUUUUCGAGUCCCACUGCGGAUCACUUACCCAGUAUGGCAUGAAACACAUGAGGGCGUUCGCAAACCUCUGCAACAACGGCGUCUCCGAGGCCGAGAUGAAGGAAGCAAGCGUCAGCGCUUGCGACGGGUACAGCUCGGCGAAGUGGAACCCGCUGGUUCUAGGCCACAGCGCCUGAUCCGCUCGCUGCAGUACACGGGAGCAACAGCGAAUGCUCCAGAGGUUCCUAGACCUCCUAGGUGUACAUACAUACCAUUAGUCCAUUAUACCAUAUGAUUGAUACAAGAAACCACCCAACAGUGCGUCGAUCUCUUGUAUAUGUGUUGGGUUAAUCAGUAGUUCAUGGUCUUGCCUGUGUAAAUCAAGUUUGACUGCAAUCAAUUGAAAGGCGAUGAUCAUGGGAAAAGUCUAUGAA